AUGCUGCUACUACUGCUAGCGGGGCUCGUAUCCACGGCCCUCGCGUUCAGCUGCCCCACAAACUGCAGCUGCGCCACUGGUGACGAGUUGGAGUACUCCUGCGCUGUUGCCGAUGCAUUUGUGAUCAUCGAGGGGAAACUAAUCCUACACUCCAUUAUCUUCCAGGGUACAAAUUUCACCUGCGAUGACCUCCCCACCAUCAACUUCGGCAACUCCAUGCCUCUGCCCUCUCUUGGCGUGAAGACCUGUCCCCCUUCAAUACUGCCGUGCCUCAACCGAGCACUGAACACCCCCUCUAUAGGCUACGUGACGCUCAUUGAUACCACUGAGCCGUUGGAGCUUCAAGAUGUUCAAGAGUUGGGGGAUGUGAAGAAUCUGGUUAUUACGAAUGGAGCCGACAGAAAAAUACCAAUUACAGUCAUCAACUACUUGAAAACCUUAGAAAAUUUCCGCAUGACGAACACGCUACUUACUCUUCAUAGUAAUGAUUUCACCAAUUCUACUCCGCUGGUGUUUCUUGAGUUGUCAAUGGCUGGUAUUAAGGAGCUGCCUGAUGAUGCCUUCAAUGGCUUGGGGAGCCUGAAGACCUUGAGUGUGUGGGGGAAUAGUUUUAGUGAAGUUAAGGUUAAUGCGCUGAGAGGUCUAUCCUCCCUACAAAUUCUAUCAUUAGACUCUAACCACAUAGCAAAGAUGGCCGCCGGGUCAUUGAACCACGCGCCCUUACUGAAAACCAUAUCACUGGUCAGAAACCAGCUGGUAGAACUGCCUCCAGGCUUGUUCCAGAAUCUGACAAAGUUGGAAAAUAUAACAAUUCAAUCGAAUGCCGUUACCCUAAGACUACAUAACCACUCAUUUUCAAAUAUACCCUCAUUAAAAAACCUCAUAUUAGAAGAUUGUGGAAUAGAAAGCAUACCUUUAUCUUUCUUCAAAGAUGUGCCAUCUUUGCAAAGAUUGGAUUUGAGUUACAAUAGGAUAAAGAAACUGGAUAGUGGAGUGUUUCAGGCGCUGAAAAAUUUGGAGUUUUUAAAUCUGAAUAGAAAUCAUUUGGAAGUUUUGCCUGACUUCCUUUUCCUCGGCCUCAAGAAACUAAACCACUUAUCAAUAGAAAACAACUAUAUAACCCACAUCAGCGAAUUCACAUUCCAAGGAGCAAUUAACUUACAAACGAUAUCGCUGAAAUCCAACCAGCUAACAUCACACUCUUUCCCGCACUCGGUCAACGAGCAUUACUCCAUCAACUUGAGUGUUAUGUCGCCCUUUGAAAAUUUACUCGAGUUAAAGAAAUUGGAAAAUUUGGACUUGUCGUACAAUAAUUUUACAAUGCUUCAGCGAUUAGAUUUCCAGUUUUUAAGCAACAAAGUCACCGUUGAUCUCCGGCACAACAAUAUUACUAGCAUUAUAUUAGACAAUGCUACAUCACCGGAUGACUACAUUUAUUCAUCAUUUGACUUAUUAAAAACACCAACAAGCUCAAUUUUGCUCGACAACAACCCACUUAUGUGCGAUUGUCGUAUGUAUAACCUAGCUUUAAGACUAAAAGGAUAUAAACAUAUAAUCGCAGAACCUAAAUUUGUACUAGGAAACGCCAAAUGCGAAUCACCGCAGAGACUAAAUGGUGAUUUGUUCGUAAACGUAUCACCAUUCGACUUAAAUUGUGACUUGCCAGUCGAAGCUUGUUUGCAAAAUUGUUCUGUAUGUGAAAUGAGACCAGGAAAAGAAGAUUUGUUCUUCAAAUGUACGUCUGAACCUAGCUCUUUCCCUAAUCCUUUAGCUUUUGGUGCUAAAUUUAUUUCUUUAAGUUUGGAUGAUGAUGAUGAUAUGAUGAAUCAAGACCCAGUUAUUGGCACCUAA